AUGGAUCCUAAUGUGAAUAAUACACUUCCAGAAAAUGGGCCAAUAGAUCAACCUUUAGAAGAGGAAAUGUAUUCUUCCUGGGCUUUAUUAAUAUUAACUAUUUUACUUAUUGGUGCCUUAUGGACAAGUUAUUAUUUACAACUCAAGAAGAUCCGUGCCAUUCAUGAAACUGUCAUUUCUAUCAUGGCAGGUAUGAUUGUAGGAUUAAUAAUUAAAUUAUCACCUGGAACCAUUAUACAAGACAUGGUUAAAUUCAAACAAGGAUUCUUUUUCAAUUUAUUAUUGCCACCAAUCAUUCUCAAUUCUGGAUAUGAACUAAAAAGAAGAAAUUUUUUUCUUAAUUUUGGCACAAUUUUAAUAUUCGCAAUGGCAGGCACUUUUAUUGCUGCAAUAGUUACAGGUUUAUUUACUUUCUUAUACGCAUUUUUAAAUCCAGAAGGUAUAAGCAUUUCUUUUCUGGACAGUAUGAUAUUCGGUUCGAUUUUAUCAGCUACAGAUCCAGUUACAAUCUUGGCAAUUUUCAACCAAUUACAUGUGGACCCACAGCUAUAUUCAAUUAUUUCUGGUGAAUCCUUAUUAAAUGAUGCUGUAGCUAUUGUUUUAUCAGAUACACUUCGCAAAUUUCGAGGACAAGAGUUACAUGCUGUAAAUAUUUUUAGAGGAAUUGGAUUAUUUUUAGGCGUAUUUUGGGCUUCAACCUUUAUUGGUGUUUUAGUUGGUAUUUUAGUGGCGUUAAUGUUGAAAUAUUCUCAACUUUAUCGCUUUCCUAGUAUUGAGUCCUGCCUUGUUUUACUUUUUGCAUAUAGUAGCUAUUUCUUUUCAAAUAGCAUACAAAUGUCGGGUAUUGUUACAUUGUUAUUUACAGGAAUUAUACUAAAGCAUUAUGCAUAUGAUAAUCUGUCAUUAAGAAGCAAGAGAGCCACUAAAUUUAUCUUUCAACUUUUAUCUCAACUUUCGGAAAACUUUAUCUUUAUCUACCUUGGUAUUAAUUUAUUCACGCAGGAUAAUCUUGACUAUAAACCACUUUUUAUUCUUUUUACUUUGGCAUUUAUCUGUAUAGCUCGUUACACUUCAGUCUCCCCCUUAUCAAUGAUGAUUAAUGCUGUUUGUAGAGCAUUAGGAAAGCCCGAACAACUACCACGUAAUCAUCAAAUCAUGCUAUUCUGGGCAGGUCUUAGAGGUGCAGUUGCGUUUGCCUUAGCAGCUGGUAUUACAGGUGACAGUGCUCCUGCUAUGCGUACCACUAUCCUUGCUGUCGUAGUAUUGACUGUUUUACUGUUUGGUGGAACAACAGGUCGUAUGCUUCAAAUUUUAGAUAUUAAAACAGGUGUUAUUGAGCCUGAUGAAUCUGAUGAUAGUCAGAUUGAAGAAGAUGAAGGAGAUUAUUUACCUUUGACAAGAAAAAAGAAAUACAUGAAAUUGAAUACAAAUAAUUUGUCACAAGAGAAUUUAUUAAAUAAUAGCGAUGAUAAUAACAAUAAUAAUGACGAUGAUGAUGAUGAUGAUGAAUUAUUAGAAAUAGGGCAACUAUCUCAGCAAAGACGAAAAAGAUUUAGAGAUUAUGAAAAUGAUGUUUCCAUUGGUGGACUCCUUUCCGGCCCCUUAGGAGAGCCUAUACCUGAAGACAGACCUCCACAUUGGUUUGUGUCAUUUGAUGAAAAAUGGCUUAAGCCAUUCUUAACCAAAAAGAAUGUUCAACAACGAAAUCAAACACUAGCAGAAUAUUGGAGAGAAAAACGACGAAAAAUGGAAAGAGCAAAUAAGAGUAUGCUCGAUGGAAUUCGUAACAUGAAUAUAGAUCAGGACAAUGAUGAUGCCUUAACCUUAAAUUCUGUACACACUAGUAAAGGAACACUAUCUAAUCAGCAUUUUUCAAAUAUAUCCAAUAGAGAAACACCUUUAAGGUCUUUCCCUCGAAGGUCUUCUUUUGGACAAGGAGCUUCUUCAUCAAAGCUAGUUGUAGGUUCUGGAAGAGUCUUUGGUCGAUCACCUUCAGACGAAUCAGAGGACGAUUACAAUCAUUCCCAUAUAAACUAA